AUGGCUUCUCUGUUCCGGCUGGGACAAUUUCUCAAGGGUAAAGCGAGCACGUAUACUGUCGUCAAACAGCUUCACGAAUCCAUUUGGCUAGCAACCAACCACCAGAGCAAACAAACCGUCGUAAUCAAAAGUGUCGGCCAUUUCCGCCUUGAAAACGAACGUGAUGUUCUCAAAUACUUCCAAUCUCAAACAUCUUCUCUCCGCCCGCUGAUCGACGAGAUAGAAGAUCCAUCUGAUCCACCUGCUCUUGUACUGAGGCAUCUUGAUGAUGAUCUUCUAAAUGCUUCAUCAGCUCAGCGGCUUACUAGACCCGAGAUCAAACAUGUUGCAAAAAGGAUCCUAGAUGCUUUAAAUGUUUUGCAUGAGAAUGGUUUUGUACAUACAGAUAUCAAGCCUGACAACGUCCUAGUAACAUAUGGACAGGGCGAUACCCGUUUCGCUGACGUUCAGUUGGCCGACUGCGGGAGUACUGUUCGUGUUGAUUCUGUCUUCGCGAAGGACCGUGAUAUCAUUGGCGCCCCUAUAUGGCGGAGCCCUGAAGCACAGCUCCAGAUCGGAUGGGGUACUCCGACAGACAUUUGGUCCUUUGGCACGUUGCUUAUAACAUUGAUUUGGGGCGAGAACUGGUUCAUCUUCAAGCCGGACGUUCCAGCCGACCACGAAGAAUAUGAGUUGAGGAUUCUCAUGAAACAGCAUCAGUUUUUUGGGCCAUUCCCUCUAUCGUAUAAGGAGAUCGCAGACGAUGAGACGUUAGCGAUUCUGACCCACAUCAUGCAUCGCGUGCCACCAGAGAGGAUGAAGCCCUUCGGACGCAUCAGUGAACGAGAGAUUUCGAAGGAGGAUAAGGCCUUCGUACUCAAGAUCAUGAAGCUGGACCCCAGAGACAGACCGACAGCGAAAGAACUCCUACAGGACGAAUGGUUCACGUCAGCAUAGGGACUCUUUUUUACGGUAGAUAUCCUGGCCAGGAGGGAGCGUUGAAAGUCCUACCUUUAUUUCUGUAGAUAUUACCCAAAAGAGUGCGAAAUUGGGAAAAUGGAUGAAAUGAGAACCCGGCUAUAAUGCAAUUCAACAUACAUACUAUAUAGUGUCGAAGGAGGGAAGCCCAUCUGUCACGGCCUGAUUUAAGGAGUCGAUUUUGACGUUACUACUAAUCGUCC